AUGGAGCGACAAAAUGACAUCACUGGCCGAUUGGCCCUGAUUACUGGAGCCUCUGGAGGGAUUGGGGCAGCUUGUGCUCGCCAGCUGGCUGCCAAAGGCGUCCAUCUUGCCUUGACGUAUUCCACGAAUGUGUCUUCGACAACUGCACUCGCUGAAGAACUCAAAUCCAAACACUCAGACAGCUACAAUCUCCGGAUCUCAGUCCAUAAGGUGGAUGUGUCUUCGGCAGACGAAAUUCAACGUAUGUUUGAGGAGAUCGACCAACAACAUAGUAAGCGACCGGACAUCUUAGUCUCCAAUGCUGGAUACGGCAAGCGUAUCCCACAGAUAUGGGACAUUCCCCUCGAAGAAUUCGAUUAUACAAUCAAUGUGAACCUACGUGCUUCAUUCAUCUUGGUGAAGGGCGUGGUGGAGCACAUGAAGAGUCAGCGAUGGGGUCGGAUAGUAUUCAUGUCCUCAAUUGCCGGCCAGGGAGGUGGGAUUAAUGGAUGUCAUUACGCCGCUUCGAAAGGUGGAAUGACGGGUAUGAUGAAGAAUCUUUCCACCAGACUAGCUGAAUACAACAUUAGCGUCAACGAUGUUGCGCCUGCCAUGAUCGGUGAAACCGGUAUGAUACCCAGCGCCGCUGCCAUUCCUGAGGUUGCCGCAGGCAUCCCUUUGGGCCGACUAGGCCUUCCAGAUGAAGUCGCCAACGUGGUGACGAUGCUUGUGACGACUGGUUAUAUGACUGGUCAAAGUCUGUUGCUUGGGGGAGGCUUGAAAUAG